UUAAAUACAUAAAUUUUCUUGAGUAUAUCUAUCAAUAUUACAAAUUGCAUAAUGGGCGAUGGCUACAUUAAGAGUGCUUUCAAUAUUGUUUUGCAGAACGUACCGUCUUUAUUUUGUAAUUUUUGCGGCUAUUCUAAUACUUCAGAUAAUUUUAGCUAUAAGUUUUUAUAAAAUUCGAAUUGAUGAUGGGAAUUUUAUGUUAAGUAAAUCUUCAGACAGAAAAAAAGGGAAUGUUCAGCUCAUUGGUGAUAAAGAACUGAAUCAGAGGAGUUCCCGUAUUGAUCCUGGUAUCGAAAAAUAUGCAUAUGAUUAUAUUGUUGAUGAUGAAGAUAGGCAGGGCAAUGUGUGGGAGAAACUACUCAAGGACAGUAGCAGCAGAAACAUAUCUCCUCGAGAUACUGAAAAGCAGAGAUUCAUUGAGAUUGUUGUGCCUGCUGAAAAGGACUUGAAAAACCUAAAAAUAAAUCCAAGUGAUAGAAAUAUAGUCAAUAGUGUAAAUGAAUCCAAAAAAAUAGAUAAGACUGAUGGUAUUUUAAAUAUAGAUGAGCUUGAUUUUCAUCCUUGGUGCAAUAUUACUACUAAAGAAGCAGUAUCUGCCAUUCAUCGUGCCACUACACAAGCUUGCAAACAUGAAAUUGCUAACAUAACGUGCCUUAUGCAGCAGGGAAUGCUUUAUCCAAAGAGGUUACCUCGUUAUUGUCCAUUAAAAGGUGAUGUGCCAAAUUCUUAUGUUGGAUGUUUCAGAGAUCAUUCAAAAAAACGCUUAUUGUCUAGUUAUUCAAGGAAAAUGCCAAAUAAUUCUCCAUCUCGAUGUGUUGAUCUGUGUUUACAGUCAGGCUACUUAUAUGCAGGUGUACAGUAUGGCAAUGAAUGCUUUUGUGGUAAGGAGAAACCACAUGAACAAUUUAAACUGAAAGAUAAUUUUUGCAAUAUGGAAUGCCCUCAGAAUUCCGUAGAAACUUGUGGUGGAUAUUUUGCGAUGAAUGUAUAUCACACUGGUUUGCCAAAGAUGGUAAAGCUUGAGCCAAAACCUGCUGUAUCAGUACUGGGGCCUGACUCUGUCAGAAUUGUGUUUCUUCUAACAGUUAAUGGCCGUGCCGUCCGUCAAGUAUAUCGCCUUAUCAAGUCACUUUUCAGUGAAAAACAUUAUUUCUACAUUCAUGUUGACUCAAGACAAGAUUAUCUUUAUCGUAAACUGAAGUUUUUAGAAAAUGAUUUUCCAAAUAUACGUUUGUCGCAAGUCCGUCUCUCUACUAUUUGGGGUGGAGCUAGUCUCCUGCAAAUGUUAUUAGUAUGUAUAUCAGAGUUGUUGCUUAUAAAGAACUGGACCUGGGAUUACAUUAUUAACCUCAGUGAAAGUGAUUUUCCAAUAAAGCCAUUAUCAUCACUGGAAAAAUUUCUUGUCGCUAAUAAUGGCAAAAAUUUUGUUAAAUCCCAUGGUCAAGAUACUCAGAGGUUUAUCGCAAAACAAGGUCUUGAUAAGACUUUUUAUGAAUGUGAUACUCAUAUGUGGCGUCUGGGAGAUAGAACCCUACCUUGGGGAAUACGUGUAGAUGGUGGAAGUGAUUGGAUUGCCUUACAUCGCAGUUUUUGUUUGUAUGUGACACAGCAAAACGAUACUCUUCUGCAAGGCCUUAUGACUGUCUUCCGUUACACCUUACUUCCUGCAGAGUCUUUCUUUCACACUGUGCUUCAAAAUAGUGAAUUUUGUGGAACGGUAAUUGAUAACAAUCUUCAUGUCACAAACUGGAAAAGGAAGCAGGGUUGUAAAUGCCAAUAUAAACAUAUAGUAGAUUGGUGUGGUUGUUCUCCUAAUGUCUUUAAGCCUGAAGACUGGCCACGUUUACAGGCCACAGAAGACCGUCCAUAUUAUUUUGCUCGAAAAUUCGAACCUAUAAUCAAUCAACAAAUAAUAGAGCAAGUUGAAACCUGGAUCUAUGGUCCCAAAAAGGGUAUUGCAAACUUGGAUAGUUAUUGGCAAAAUGAAUAUCAUGUUGAAGAUAAAUCUCCAUCAGCUGAUGAUUCACGCAUCAGUAUGUAUGAAAGUUUUGCUAGACUGGGCUUAAAGCAGCUGCAGGCUGCCCAGAAAAACUGUAAAAUGAGAUUCCUUCAUGUUGUUGAAGCUACAUUAUACAAUGUAAAUGAUGUUUUUAAGGGAUUGCUGAUCCUAUAUAAAGCUCAUGUUCCUCAAGUGGAGAAACCUGUUAUCUUGGAAACUCAAGUGAGACCUAUUCAACACUAUGUUGUAUAUAAAAGUAUAGGUUCGACUGGACGUCUGAAAUUUUUGCAGGUAGGCUCUGAUUAUGAUUUAAAGGAACAAGUUUUUCGAAACUUUGGUAGAAUUCUGGGCCCUUUUUCUGAACCAGGCCUAAUUCAUAAAUGGGGUCCUGGACCACAAUUUUCAGCUACAUUUGUAUGGGUCGAUCCUACCAAUACUGUAGCUGGAUCUUAUGAAGUUAAGAUUGAUUCUGGAAAUCAGGUACUAUAUCAUAAGCCAAGUUUUCGUCAACCUCUUCGUCCUGGCACUUGGACUUUAAAACUUUUAUACGAAUGGGAACUAGUGGCAGAAACUAUUUUUCUCGUUAUUCCAUUGUCUUUUUAUAGUAAUCACCAAGUAUCUAGUGAACAAGUGAAAUUCCUUCACAAUGGACCUGGCCAACCUUACGUUGAUCACGAUUUCACCAAUGUGGAAGCAUUGUUGCAGUUUACCAACAAAAGUUCCCAGUUACGUCAAGCUCUUGCCAAUUCUAGACGUUAUGGUAAAGAUCUUCGUGAGUGGACAGAUUCAUUAGUGGCUGCUUUUUGGAGUGUUCAAGAUACUUGUUUUAUCAAUCAGCCUCAACAUCCUACAGGAGGUACUUUGUGCUUAGAUAUAGAUUUAGAUCCAUGUCAUUUAACAAAUUGGAGCUCUCAUUCAGCAGAUCCAAAGUCUGCCAUCAGAGACUUUAAUCCAAAUAGUAAAAUUACAUGACAUCAGUGUUAUCAAAAUUGUUCAUGUAUAGCCAUUUGAGUCAGUCUUGCAAAGAAUUUUAUCAUUUGAAUCUCUACCGAGUUCUUUUAUUAUUAUUAUGUAGUAUUUUGGAUUAAAGUGGCAAUUUUACUUUGAUUUUGUUUAAUGCAUAUAAAAGGCUUGUAAUAGGAGAGUUCUGAAUAUAAAAAAAGUCGGUGCUUGAUUUGAAUAUGAAAUAUGGAUUGCUGUUUUAAAAAAUGUUGUACUAGUAUAAUUUUCUAAGUUGAAUUUUUCUUCCUUGAAAAUAAACAUGUAAUAGAGAGUGUUGUAAAUCUCUUAUUUUUUACACAAAUGUGAAAAAAAUAUCCUAUUCGUAUAAAGAGAAUAUUUCAUGCCUAGUCACUUAUGUCCAGAUAUUAAUGAAAAGUAAAUAGAUGGAUCAAAUAGAAAUUUGGUCAGGCCUUUUAGUUGGGCAAAAUGUGAAUUCUAAUGAUAAACUUAAUCAGCAAGUAUUGUGCUAUGACAUUAGCCAAGAAAGCUCUUAAUGUAUGUAAUGUUGUUAUGUAAACAUUGUUGAGUCUUGGAUGUUUUUCCUCAUUUCUUUUUGUUUAUUUUAGAUUGUAUGUUUACUGUCUCUUAAAAAAAAUGAUAUUUGUAUAGUUGAUUUAAUUUUAAUCAUUAGAAUUGGAUGUAAUAACAAAUUCAGAAUUUAUUUUAUAAAUAGCUGAAAAUUCAUUAAAUAUCUUAAAUCUGAAAAUCGGUUAUUGUAAUUUGUAAUUCCAGAUGAAAAACAAUAGAUAGAACAGUGUUAAGAUUUAUGUUUAGUGCAGUUAUUCAUAAAGAAGGUAGACAUUUUAAAUGCAGACUGUUUAAUUAGUGUAUUUGAAUUAUUCAUGGAAAAAUUGUUUGAAUGCAUAGUUUUGUAUAUUUUAUUUUUAUUUGAAAUCCAGUCUGUUCAUCAUUCAUUAAUUGAGUAAUAAAAUUCAUAGAUAGGAAUAUUAUAAACAAGUUCUUACCUGAGAUUAAGACAAUGAUUCUAAUCUGACUUUUCAGACAAGAAUUUUUUAUUUGAGAUAUUUGUCUUCAUACUGUCCCAAACAAAUUUAUAGAAAUUAUGUUAUGCAUGUACAAAUUUUCAAUGUGCCAUAUUAUUAUUAUAAGCAAUUUUAUUUCUAUAUCUGUGAUAGAAGACACUACAAUGUGUGUUAUUGAAUCCUUUAGAUACUCCUCAUCAUGAAACAUUGGUAUAAAAUCAGGAUCUCAUCAUUAAGUAGUUGAUGAAUCGAGUAGUAAAACAUUUUCAAUGAAAAUAAAAAUAUUGUGAAUUCCCAUUGCACCACGGUUAUUUAUCUCUAAAGAUAUAUUUUAACGUAAUUAUGUUUCUUGGAGAAAUAAUACAGUAUGAUUUAUUUUAUCCCGAUUAAUAAAUAAACAGUGUUCAGUUUAUUAGAUGCAAGAACUAAGGAAGUAUUCAGUAUCUCUUAUAUCAUUUGCUGUGCUCAAUUUAACCAUAUUUUGCUUAAAUAUAUACAUAUAUGCUGAGUUUUCUUAUGCUAUUAAAAAACAGAUGAUGGAGAUUUCUUCAGAAUAUUUCUGGCUGAUAUCGUAGGUCUUCAAAUAUGACAUUACAGUGCAUUGGAAAGAAUCGGUCUUAAUGACUCCAUCAUCUGCCAGUUUUUAAUUGGAUCAAAAAAUGGCUUUCAUUUAAAGUUAAAAAAGUAGUUUAUUAACCUUAAAAGAUAAUCUAAUAUUUAAUAGCGGUAACUGCAGAUGUAACUUACAUAAAGUAUGAGGAAAGAAUAAGCAGAAGCUCGGCGACAAAUCUUUUGGAUUGCAUAUUAGCUUAUUUACUAAAUCAGCUGUGAUCGAGUUGAAUGAUUUCAGAGAUUGUUCGUACUACCAUACACGUUACAUAUUUUUUUAUCUUUUCUGUUGUCUUAAUGCUAAUUAUGAUUGCUGAAUAUGUUUAUUAUAUACUUUAGGGAAAAUCUAUGAAUCUAAUAAAAUGAAUUACUAUUCAUAAUAAUUCAUAAUCAGCAUAUAUGUAUAUUAUAACAAUAAUAAUAAUUAUUGUUAUAAUUUGGUACAUCCAAAAAGUUUUUCAAAUAAUGAAUUUAUUUCGGUAUUGGAAUUGUUUAUGCUUGCUUAUGUAAUUGAUAAAAUGGAAGUAGAGUAACUGAGCUUUCUCAAUGCCUAGAAAUUAGAUUAUGCAAAUCAUUAAAAUUAGUAGAAAUUUCUAACAACAGGCUUCUUCUUCAACAGGCUUUAAUUUUAUUUUAUUUAUUUAUUUAUUAUUAUUAUUUUUUUUUUUUUUGUGUGGUGUGUGUGUGUAUGUGUGUGUAGAAUUUCUUUUUUUAAAAAGUGUUCUAAAUAUUUCAAACACAUUUUGUUACUUCAGUAACAACAUUCGUUUAAACCUGCUGUAAUGAGAGUUCACUAUAAUGAGUGUGAUGAUUAUUUUAUGCAUUUAGCAUCAAGUUGAUGCAUAGUCGUUUGUAACUGUAACAUAUUUUUUCUUCUAUUUAUAUAAAAUAUGUAUAUACAUAUAUAUGUAAUAUCCUGAAUAGAAAAUGCUUUAGAUGAUGCAUAUAAAAUUUAUAACAGUUUAAAAUUUUAAGAAAAUUUUAAUGCAACAUGUGCUGCUGUAAAAAAACUUAAAAGCUGAUAUUAGAUUUAUAAUUUUAAAAUUACAUUAAUAAUGUCACAUACUAUAAUGUUAAAGAAGUUUAAAAAUUAUAAACAGAAAGAAUCAGAUGUAAUUUUGUAUUUCCUAAUAUUUGAAGUUUGUAGUAAAAGAGGAACAUAUCAUUAAUUUGUAUUCAUGAUGAAGAUGCUAAUGCUCGCUUUGCAGCAUUUCCAUUUACUCAUAUCAUGGAUCUCAAUAUUAGUAAAUAAUAAGCCAAAUGUUACAAAAUAUUAUGCUCAGCAAAAUUCUGUGGAUCAGGUAUGUCAUCUGUAGAUAAUCAUGCUUCUUAAAUCAUUAUAUUUCAUUGAAACAACUGUGGACUUAAUCAGUAUUGUUGUAAAAAUAAUUGUAAUGAAAAUUUAGGAAUUCCAUUUAAUGAAAUUUUUUUUCUCAUAUUCCAAAAUUGGUAGAAUCUCAUAAUACACAUAUCUGAUAUAUUUAGGUAAUCAUGUAAAAUAAAUUUAAUAUAUAUUAAAAUUGUGGCAUAUUUUCCUAAUAUGAUGCAUUGUCAUGAAUUUAUGCUUCAAAACUAUUGAAUGUAAAUAUAAGAAUUAUUAACUACUCCACCUUCAAAGCUAUUGGAUUUUAAUAAGUCAUUUUCUAGAACAUGUACGUAUUUGUAUGUAUUUUGAUUUCAAAUAAAUAGAAUUUUGCAUAAAAUUCUAUCAGCUUUUGUACUUUCAAUUUUUCUUAUACAUACUCAAUUGUGACUGUAACAAUUGUAAUAGUGCAAACAAUAAAAUGAUAUUUUUAUUUGCAUUAUAA